AUGGAUAGGAUCAGUGAUUUACCAGAUGAACUUAUUUUCCAAGUAAUCUCUGUCCUUUCGGCAAAAGAUGCUGCGUGCUUGAAGUGUGCUUCCAAGAGAUGGAAUAAUCUCGUCACCCUCUUAACGACUGAUGUUUUUGUUGAUUCCUCCUCUUCGUCUGCCAUUAGUGAAAGUCUCAAAGAAGUCGCUCGAAAUGCCAGUCACCGUAUGAGGAGAUGCUCUCUAAAGCUGCGUUCUUUGGAUUUUUCUCAGUUCACUCUUCUCAACGAUUGUUUACGCAAUGUGUUCAACUGUGGUGUCUUGGAUCUUGAACUGUACAUCAGUGUCCAAGGAGAUUACUCACUGCCUUUUCAGAUCUUCACUUGCAAGACCGUUGUGAAACUGAAACUCGGGUCUGGUUUUGUUAUCGGCAUCCUCCCUCAGAAUGCUUUGCUUCCUUCUCUCAAAACUCUACUUCUUGAUUCAGUUCGGUUUGAUGGUCUUGAUGGAUGUGCCUUCCAAAGGCUUCUUUCUGCUUGUCCUGUGCUUGAGGAGUUAGUCAUUGAUGGAUUUAACUGUGAGUUUUGGAAAUGGUCUCGCACUGUGUAUAGUUUGACGCUUAAGAGGCUUACUAUAAGGCGUAGUAGGUAUUCAGAACAUUAUGAAGACUAUGAGUUUAAGGGAAUUAGUUUUGAUACUCCCAGCCUUGCCUACUUAGAAUACUCUGAUUAUAUUCAUGACGAGUUUCCAGUUGUUAAUCUCGACUCCCUUGUUGAAGCGAAGCUCAAUUUUAAUCUGAUGACUUUUUGGAAUAAUACCAAUCCAACGAACCUGUUCAAGGGGUUGAAAAACGUUCAGAUUCUGCGUUUAGACUUUAUUGACACAGCGCUGCUGUUCGAGGCCUGCAGGGAAGCAGCCACAGAAACAGUGUUUGAAAACAUGACUCAUUUAUAUAUGCCAACUGAAGCAGAUGUCUGCUGGCAUACUCUAAAACGUUUUGUUAAGAAAUCUCCAAAUCUGAAGACUCUCACCAUUGAGGAUUUGCACUAUGCUUGUCAAGACUAUCGGGAUUUAGAAUCUGUUUGCGAAUGCUUGGAGGACUAUUCUUUCCUUUUGUCCUGCCCUAUUGAGAUCCUGAAGAUAACUAAUUUCAGAGGAGAGAUCGGAGAAAUGGUGCAACUAAAGCAUGUCUUGGAGAAUUUGCAGUGUCUGGUACUGUUGGAAAUUCACGUUGAGGAAAGAAAUGACAAAAAGGUGCAGAUCUUGGCGGAUCUCUUAAUGCUUCCGAGAGCUUCAUCCAAAUGCAAAGUCCAGGUCACGUUCGAUUGA